GUUGCAGUAUUUGUUGUUGUUGUCGUUCAGCAGUCGACAUCUUCGACAUAUAUAUCGCGCUCCUGUACGUUAUGAUUGUAUUUUGAUCUAAUAAUUGGAACUCCGGGUAUUCUUUUGAGAAGCUUGACAACACAAGGGACCAGUGGUUUCUGUCUGGACCUUUCCUGUUUUGUGAAACGUGUUUUUGUCUAUUUUGAAGAUGGGCAGUCAGUACCAGCGCUCAGUGCCUCUAGAGGUGAGGAGAGCAGAAGGAGAGAGAGUUCGGGCCAAGCAUCCUGACAAGAUACCGAUCAUUGUGGAGAGGGCCCCGAGGUCACGAGCUCCAGAACUCGACAAGAAGAAAUAUCUAGUGCCCUCAGAUUUAACAGUUGGCCAGUUGUGCUUCCUGAUACGCCAGCGUGUGUCUUUGAGACCGGAGGAGGCACUCUUCUUCUUCGUCAACAACUCCCUUCCCCCAUCCAGCUCCCCUCUCUCUGCUGUAUAUGAGGAGCACCAUGAGGAGGACCUGUUUCUCUACAUGACCUACAGUAACGAGAGCGUGUACGGUGCCUGAGGGAGGACAAACGACUGGAGACGGAGCGAGAGAGACGCAGAGAGAAUGAGAAAAGUCAAAGUGAGACUGAGGAAUAAGAGUUAUGGCUGUUUGUAAUGCUUCACACCACUAUUAUCCUUUUAUAUUAGUUUUGAUAAGUUACUUCAGUGCAUGGUGGGAGGAAGGCUUUGCGCGAGGCGGAUGGGUCUUUUAGGUUUACCUUUGUCAGUAUUUUGGGUGUGACCGUAAAGCAUUUUUAGCUCUCGUAGUCAUAUUGAUUCCUUACUUGGUUAAAGACGAAAGAGGAAGGGUGAAGAAGAAAGGAAGACUGCAUCGCAAAAGGAAGUUAUUAAAAUUAUGUUGAGGGAGCUCUCGUUAUCUUUCUCAGUCAUCUGUAUUUAAUGCAAAUAGUAUUUUUUUUUGUAAAUUAAUAUCAUAAACUUUUGUGGAAAAUAAAGAUGAAAAAUGCAUACA